AUGUAUGUUGAUCGAUAUUUAUCGCUAUUAUACGGUAUUACGUAUAACAAUUAUUUGGCCAUUAUAAGUUCACAUACAGCAACAAGUAUUUAUGGCCCUCUAUUUUGUGAUUAUACUGGAACUCGUAUUCGGAUUGGACUUUUUUCUGAAAUUGACGAGCCUAAUUCGAAUAUAGAAUAUUGUCAUGUAUCUCCAACAAAAUAUUUAAAUACACAAAAUUGUCCAACAAAUAUAAGAAAAGAUUUAAAUUUAGAAGAAGGGCGGCUUUGUACUGUUUGGAUAGUUGGAAUUAAAGGAAAUGUUGAGAACGGGGAAUUAGAAACAAUAUUAGAGAAAUUUAGUGAAAAUAUUUUGAAUUCAUUUAACAACACUAUCGAUGUUAAAAAAAAGAAGGUUGAUCAAGAAACAUAUUUUUUGAAUACAAUAUAUUUAACAAAAGAAGAAUUGAUGAAGUGGAAGAAGAUAAAUUGA